AUACGUGUGGAUAAAUGUUGUUUUUUUCCUUUCUCCGUAAUGGAGCAGUUUGUGGCGGAAAUACAACAAUAGUUGUGGUAUGCCAUAACGUUUCAGAGAAGAAGAAGAAGAAUCUCAAAGUUUUGGCACUUUUAUUUUGAAAUCCAUAACACUUCCGGGAAUGGAACAGCGAAAUUCGACUUGUGGCACUGAAAUGCUAUGUUGUAGUCGAAUUGUCUCAGAUUAAGAUUUAUCGCGAGUUUUGACAAUACUUUUCCUUAUUAGUUUUAGACAAGACGUGACAAUGUCUCAAGAUUGGAUUGGUUACAGCUAUGCUGCAUUGGUCUUGGCAGGAGGAAUCAUGGGUUAUGUAAAAGCAGGAAGUGUAACUUCACUGGUUGCGGGACUUUUCUUUGGGUUCCUAGCUGGACUUGGUGCCUACCUGAUGUCUCAGAAUCCUAAAGAUGUCAGGCUUUCUCUCGGUACCUCAGGAACGCUGGCCAUUGUCAUGGGAAUGAGGUUUCUAAAUUCCUGGAAGUUCAUGCCAGCUGGUCUGAUGACAAUAGCAAGUUUCCUGAUGCUGGGGAAGACUGCAGUGGGGGUGUUCAAGAGACCACAUGAUUCAUAAAUGUGAAGAAUAUAGGAAUGUCACUGUUUUUCUCUCUGGUGACAUCUAGUGGCCCUUUCUGGGUACUUUAGAUGAUCACAGGUGCCAUUACCCCAGAUUCACCUUGUGGCUUUUUACCGGUAGGCUCUGAUGAAGGUCGAGUGACCGAAAGCUGACCCACAAUUAAAGAAAUGUGCAUCUGA